CCGGAUUUAUAUCCGGAGAUGGCCGAGCUCUCGGAUCGAUGGAUUCUCAAAAUGCAAAACGUAAAGCUUCGAGCAGAUACUUCGCUUGUUGAGCUCUUCGUCGCUGAGUCAAGGAAUACUUUGCGAGAACGGUUAUCGACUUCAAAGAACUUAGAAUGGCCGACAAAUAUGACAACAUGUCGAUGGAGGAGCGAGCCGAGUUUGACAAGCAGGCAAAGCAGAAGGAGGAGGAGGAACAAGCGACUCUUCCUUACAAGUGGAACCAAGACUUGACCUCUGUCUCGGUCACGGUGCCCCUGCCUGCCGGUACGAGAGCCAAGAACCUAAACGUCGAGAUCAAGAAGACCAAGCUCAAGGUUCAAGUGAAAGGGUCAGACAAGCCGAUCCUCGAGGGUACCCUAUUUUCUGAUAUCAAGGAGGAGGACUCCACUUGGAGCAUCGAUGAUGGUAUCUUGUCCAUCGAGCUGGAGAAGCUCUCUGGAAGGACAACGAUGGGAGCAUGGUGGCCUCACGUCUUGACUCAUCACCCCAAAAUCGACACGACCAAGAUCACGCCGUCCAAUUCAAAACUCAGCGAUCUAGAUGGUGAGACUCGCGGGAUGGUCGAAAAGAUGAUGUUUGAUAAUCAGCAAAAGCAAAUGGGUAAACCCACUUCUGACGAGAGAAAGAAGAUAGAAACGCUCGAGAAAUUCAAGGCUUCUCAUCCUGAGAUGGACUUCUCCAACGCCAAAGUCAACUGAUCAAGAGAGAUCGACCCCGACUGUAGAGGUAUCAUGGGAUUCAAUCUGUCGUACGCAAGUUGAUUGUUCUACAUGGUCUGAGCUCUCUGCAGUCAGGUGAGAAUCGAGAAUGUCGUCA